UUCUCAAACUGGACGCGUAACGUAAUUGUUUUCUAGUCUCCCUCAAAGGACGCUGAAGAUGCAUUCAAUUUGGACACUCUCUUCUGGGGAAGGUAGUUUGGAAGUCUUCAGUAUACGGUAUUGCACUGCCUGCUUUGCGUCACUCUCCCAAACGGGUCUUCUCCUCGCCUUGCUAUCUCUCGGAACGAUCUGUCUUCUGUAUUAUCUGAGCCGACCGCUGAAUUUAAUUUCCGACCUGACCGGAGCGAAGGGUGAUAAAUAUUUCAAACUUCCUGCGAAAAAUGAUGCGAUGGCAAAAGAGCACCUCAAGGGUCGAUUGCAAAGGAAGUCGGGGAAAUCUAUUCCAAUUUAUCCGAACGGAUGGUUUGGUAUACUCAAAUCCUCGGAAAUUGGCCGUAACGAGAUUAAAUACGUCAUGGCUUUGGGCAAAAAUGUUGCUGUUUUUCGAAUGUCGGAUGGAACAGUGCAGGUUUUCAACACAUGCUGCCCCCAUUUACGAGUAAACAUGGGAUUAGAAGGGACAGCAAAGACGCACAUAGAAUGCCCUUCCCAUGGGUGGCAAUUCGAUGGUGAAACAAAAAAAUGGAGUAAUAUCCAAGGCGCCAAAGAAGUUCCGGACUUGGCGGAAGUACAGACUUUGAGGUCUGUAGAGGUGAAUCACAUCAUUUUUCUUUGGUACCACGCGGAGGGAGAGGAGCCUUCGUACGAAAUACACCCAUUAAAAGAAAUAACGAGUGAGGGCUACAUGUAUGUUGGUCGUUUUGAAUGUUUAAUGGAUGCGCACAUUGAG